GCGCUUGCAGCGCAACGAAACCUCGCGAGCCAGCCGGCUGAGCUUCCGUUCCCUCACGCUCGCUCUUCUUCCACUCCCCGCCCGACGCGUACAUCCUCUCGCCGAUUGCACGCGCUGCCUUACCCAAACCCCAGCAUCGUCUUCAAUGAGACCUCGCCGCCCGCGACGGAGGCCGAUGCUGGCGACUUCUCCCAACACCUCAAGCUCACUGCCACCUCCUCUCCCCUCAGCGCGACCACACGCAAGCCGGCCGCUGCGGGCCCGUCCUCCGGCAGCCCAGGCAAGCUCUACAAUCGCAACUCUGGCAUCCCGCGGGCGGCCACCCUCACCGCUGAGCCCGAAGCCAUCCCUGAUGCUGCGCCGAGCUCGUAUGCUCUGCGGGGUCCCGCCCCACAUGGACCGCGCCAGGCCCCUCCACAGUCAUGGGCAGCCCCUGAGUCGCACAGGCAGCUGUUCGACCACCGUAAGGACGAUCCAGUUCGGUUUUUAGCUCGACCACAGGCGCCGCCAAACGCCGCAGCCAACCGCCCACAUGUUGACCGCCCGACACCGACACCCAAGUCUUCCGGAGACUACGCCUCCGCCUCGUCGACGUCUUCCGCCUCCUACGCCCACUCCACACUCUCUUCCAACUUCACUCUUUCGUCCGCUACAACCGAUUCCUCCGCCCCUUCGGGCCUUUUCGAGAACCCCAAUGCAAGGCGCUCAGAGGACAGUUCGUCGAGUACCAAUGCCUUCUCGAUGCAGCUCAAGAAGCUUUAUCGAGGCAUCACUGCACUUGAACAGAAGAUCCUCGGUGAGCAGCGAGACAAGGACGCGGAUGACGAGGGCAAUCGGAAUACGCAGACAGUGGGCAUCCUCAUCAAGGGCCGCCCAGGCUCAGUGGGGGGCUUGGCAGGUGGCGCAAAGGUGAGAGGUGGUGAAGAUGAUAUGGAGAAGUGGAAGCGAUUGUUGGUCGACCACAAAGAGCUCGCAGAGAAGGUGCAGAACCUUCUUACGCUCACGCUAGCACCCACUGUCCCGGCUUCCCUCCGCAACAUUCCGACCAAAUACAACCUCAUCGCGCGAUUGUGGGCACAUGCCUUCCAUCGCCUCCUCGAGUCUCUCCGCCAAGCAGCGUCGCCGCCAAACAAUUCACACGCCGCUCUUGAAUACCUGCAGGACUUCAUUUACUACGCAUACACUUUCUAUUGCGCUCUUCUCGAGGAGCGCAAUCUCUCUGACUUCCGAAGCGGUUGGGUCGAGGCGCUCGGCGACCUCUCGCGGUAUCAAAUGGCGUACUGCGCGCUCGUCGAGAAGCAGCAGACCGUGACCGCCACGACGCUCCUGUCCGCGCCCGCGCCCUCCCCGAUGACCCUCCUCACCAAGUCCAUGGCGCCCGGCGCGGACUCCCAGAUCGGCACCCAGUGCCCGUCGACACCGAACGGCGGUGGGAGCUCCGACCGUGCGGAACUACGCGCACCGGCGGCGCCCGAAGUGCACGCGCGCAUCGACGACUCGCCGCCGCCGUCGCCCGGACGUGCGGCGAGGCUGGUCCUCGAGGUGCCGAGCGUCGGCCUCGCGGCGGCGCGUGCGAUGGAGCUCGUCCCGGAGAAGGAGCACUGGAGGCAGAUCGCGCGCGAGUGGUACGCGAAGGGCCUCGCCGGCACGCCGGGUGCGGGCAAGCUCCAUCACCACAUCGGACUGCUCUGCAGGGAGGGGGACGGGAGCGGCGAGGAGCUGCGGGGGAUGUAUCACUUCGUGAAGAGCAUGAUCACAGUGCAUCCGUACAGCACCUCCCGCGAGGCCAUCCUCCAGAUCUGGUCGCCAGCCGCCCAGACUCGUCGCCAAGGCCCCGACGCCGGCGUCGCCGAUCUGUAUAUCAUUCUCCACGGUAUGCUCUUCACGCACAUACAGAUGGACGACUUCCGCGGUGUCCUCGACCGCUUCGACGAGAAGCUCAAUAUCGAAGGCGGUGCAGUCGUGGAGGAGCGCGACUGGAUCAUGAUGGCCGUCAUCAACCUCGGCGCCAUCCUCGAGUACGGGCGGCCCACCGCUGUCCUGCGGCGCGUCGCUGGCAUCGGCGGCAGAGACGGCGUCAGCGCUCGCGCCGGCGUCAGCCCAGCCAUGGCCGCGUCGUCCGCGGGCAAGGUCAAGCUCAUGGCGAAGAAGGCCGAGGACGACGGCAGGAAGAUGGACGUCGACGACGAAGGCGCCGCCCCACGCAAGGCCGACCGGAAGCUCGACGCCAUGAGCAUGUCGCCUGCGCUCUCCGAGGCGGGCGCGUCGACUGGCCCCGAGGUCCCCCCGUCGCUCAAGCUCGGAAUGCAAUUCGCGUUCUCAAUGCUCGCGCACGCCCUCCGGAAGCCGAUGCGGAAGUCGUCGCCAUUCGCGCGCUCGACUCUCAACCCGUACAUCACGAUCCUGCUUACCUUCCUCGCCACCGCUGUGAAGGAUGCACAGGCACUCGCCGUCCUCGAGCAGUUCAUCCCCUGGGCCGACCUCGCAGUGUUCCUUACCGCGAUCCCGCGCCGCGUCACGUACCGCGAGCAGCAGAAGGAGCGCAGUGACAGCGCGGUCCUGCUCACGAGCGGCUGCAAGCCUCUCCCAGAGGACUGGUGCCUCCGCGGUCUCGGAUGGGGCGGCAAGCGCGUCUACCCCAUGGGCUUCUGGGGCAAGGAGGCGAACGUCGAGGACAGGAACGUCGAGGUCGAGGUCCUGGACAAGAGCGAAGGCGGCGACCAGCUCGACGGUAUCAUCGAGGACGAGCGGGAGGAAAACGAGGCGGCGAACGAGCUUGGCAAGCGCUGGAUCCGCGUCGCGCGCGCCGGCCUGAAGAUCGCGAAGCACGUCGGUGGCUUCGCGUAUUACCCCGCCGCGAACGAGGAGCAGAGGGGCCAGUGGAAGGUCGAGGGCGUGCUUGCAGCGAAGGUCGCACAGUGGCAGGAGGAAGAGAAGAGAGAGCGUGAGGAGGAGGAGAGACGCCUUCGGGGCCGGCGAUGGGACGAAGACUCGAUGGACGCCGAUGAUGACGGCCUUGC